GCUUUUUAUUGUUGUUACUGGUGUGUUUUGAAGUAAGCUGGAUCGUUCCCAAGUUUUGGAAAAUGAUAAAACAAAUUCAGCUUUUCUCCUCUGCUGGCAGGCUGGCUGCGGGUGGGAACGGAAGGUCCGGCCGGAACCGAUGUGUCGGGGAGUUGCAGCUGUGGGGGAAUGGGAGUGUGGGGGAGGUGGCAGUACCAUGGUAACGGAGAAGGAGCCGGCAGUUUCCGGGCAAUGAAACUGGAACCAUGGCUGUGUUAAUGAAGAGGAUUCAUGAUGCCCUACUUAAAAUAAUCUUUUAUUCCUUUGGGUCCAAUAUUGUAAAGCCCAAAGCCUCUGAUGUCCUAACACAACAUUUACUUCAGAGAAAACUCCCCCAUUGGACAUCAUACUUUGUUAAAUACAGCUCUGUGGAAAAUGACCAGUUUGGACUCUCCAAUUUUAACUGGAAUGUCAAAGGGAUCAAUUAUCACAUCCUCAGGACAGGUUGCUUCCCAUUCAUCAAGUACCACUGUUCCAUGGCACCCAGAUGUAACCUGGAAUUAGAGAAUACAUUCUUCACUGCACUGAAGGUUGUUAACCUGGGUAUUCCAUGUUUAGCUUAUGGAGUCGGUGCAUGGUUUCUGAUCAGAGUCACUGAGAUUGUUCACACCAGUUCUGGUCCAGUGAAUAUCUACUUUCUUUACCAGGAAGAUGAAGGAGCCAUUCACUAAAUCUCAAACUGCUAGCAACUUGUCCUGAAUUCGCUAAGGAUGAGACUUGAAAGUCCAUUUGAUAACUGAAAAAUAAAGUUAUUUUCUGGUAAUAUAUAAAAAAAGCCUGCAGAUUUUUUCUGUAAAAAUUUAGAAAUGACUGUGUUCUUUGUUGGAAUCUUUCAGUUUUGUAAGACAUAUGCGUAUAGUUGUACAGCAUGAACUUUCAAAUGACCACUUAUGUGAUCCUAGAUUCUGUAGCAAGGCGAUCCUUCUUUAGGUGAGCAUUUUAUUGAAUGUAGGGUUGAUUCUUUUCACACCUGAUAACUGCAAACGUUUUUUGGAUGCAAAAGAAAAAUCCCUUCAUCACAACAAUCACAAGCAACCAUCCAUGUCAGUGAAGUUGCCAUUUUUGUUUAAAAUAAAAACAGAAAAUGCUAGAAGUACUUAACAUGUCAAGCAGUGUUUGUGGAGAGGAGAGAAAAACAGUGUGAAGGUUUCAAAGAUUGUGAAUUCUGUUUCUCUCUACUGGUGCUGCCGUGGUUCAUCCAGCAUUUUCAGUUUUUAUUUCAGAUUUUCAUCAUUCACACUAUUUUGGCUUUGCCAUUGGUAACACUGUAAUAAGUUGUAAAUAGUUUACUUUUGGGGCUGCACGCAGUGAAGAUUAUUUUGUAUAAUACAGUUUACUGUCUCAUGGUGUAAGCAAUUCUUUUUUCUAAUCUUCAUUAAACCUAAUUUUGAUUUGAAAUAUUUCAAGUUUUACCCUAUUUUUCCUAAUUUUUUAUAUCUGAUAAAGUCAGAUCAAGAAAACACCAAUUUGUUUCUUUUUAUGAAUAGGGGACUUCUUGUUUUAUGGGGAGAAUGUACAAACCCCACAUAGACAGUCACCUGAGAGUAGAAUCGAACAUGGGUCCCUGGUGCUGUAAGGCAGCAAUGCUAAUCACUGAGCCACUUUGCUGUCCCCAUUUUAUCAAUACAGUUACACUACUGCAUAAGCUGGAUUCAACACCAGCUACUUUCUACAUUCACUCAUAACUAUAUAAUUGUAGUCUGGGCCCUUAAGUCACAAGAGCAGGACAUCUCACAACUAGAAUUAGAAUUAUGUUUAUUGUCAUGUGUACUCAUUCAAAAAUACAGAAGAACAGGGAAAAGUGCAUGAAGUUGCCAAUCCUGGCACAGUCUUGGGUGCAAAAUCUUAGGUACAAAGUGGAAAAAAAAGUUAAACAUGACAAUGUGUGCUGUGCAGUAAGUCAGAAUUACUUGCAAAUAACAAGUAGUGUGUAUCAAUAAUUAGACUAUAAGAUGUUGAGCAUAUAUUGAUGCUUAUUGUUGGAUGUUGUUUGAUUAGCAAAUUGAUUUCAGAAAAGUGUAGGAAUUCUACUUAGUUUAAGGUCUGAACUUACUACAUUAAUACUUGUUUUAAAAACUAUAGAGGUAUUUGACACAAGCAAUUGCAUUUUUUUAAAUCUGAGAACAACCUCAAUGGCAAUCUCUACCUUAUAUUUUAAGCUAGUUCAAUUGUAAUUUGCAUCAAGAUUAAAGGCUAAUGAAUUUCAGCUUUGUGUUGACAUGAAUUGUGUAGUGUAAUUUGGUAUUGAAAACUCCAGUUAAAAUUCAACUGAAAUUGUCCAGAUAUAAUCUCAAAUUGAUUGUGUUUAGUGCCUGCUGUGUAUAACUAUUAUAAAAUAAAUUAUUCAACUUCAUGCAAA